CCGUUCUAUCUAUAUGCACGCUUGGCGAAGCCCAUUUUAGCCCCUGCGGUUGGUGGGAACUUCCUAUCAUUUCGCCCUACGUGUCACCCAGAGCGCCACACGAGGAAGGUCAACUCGCCGGCGCCGUCGCUCGGAGCAAGCUCAGCCCUAUGGCGGCCGGGCUGCUGCGCCACGUCCGGUGGCUCCUGGUCGAGCACCCCGCCGUCGCCUCCUUCCACUGGCGCCCGGGCACCACCCUCGGGGCGUCGCCGUCCUUCGCCGCGGCCGCCGUCUGCGCCUACCUCGCGGCGGUGCUCCUCCUCCACCGGCGCAUCCUGCCCCUCCCGUCCCUCCCGCCGCGCGCCCUCCGCGCCGUCUCCGCGCUGCACAACUGCGUCCUCCUCGCCGUCUCCGCCGCGAUGGCCGCCGGCUGCGCGCUCUCGGCCGCGGCCACGGCGCCCUCGCCGCGCUGGGUCUUCUGCUUCCCCCCGGGCGCCACGGAGCCGUCGGGCCCGGUCUUCUUCUGGGCGCACGUCUUCUACCUCUCCAAGGUGUACGAGCUCGGCGACACGCUGCUCAUCCUCCUCGCCCGCCGCCCGCUCACGCUGCUCCACGUCUACCACCACGCCGUCGUCAUCGCCAUGUGCUACCUCUGGCUCGCCGCGCGCCAGUCGCUCAUGCCCGUCGCCCUCGUCACCAACGCCGCCGUGCACCUCGUCAUGUACUCCUACUACCUCUGCUGCACCCUGGGGCUCCGUUGGCCCCCGCGGUGGAAGCGCGCCGUCACCGAGCUGCAGAUCGCGCAGUUCCUCUUCAGCUUCGCCGCCUCCGUCGUCAUGCUCUGGUUCCACUUCGCCGCCGGCGGAUGCGAGGGGAUGGCAGGAUGGGCAUUCAACGCCGUCUUCAACGCCUCCCUGCUCGCCCUCUUCCUCGACUUCCACGGCGCUGCAUACGACGCCGCCGCCAAGGCCAAGCCCAACAACAAGAGGAACAUCAACCAUGGAGGGCAAAAAUCAGAGUGAUUGAUUUUCAGGCCUGUUUGGUUUCUGACGAAAUGCAUUGGCCUUCCAUUUUUGACAAUUCUAGUUUCUCAAAUUUUCCAAAUCAUCAUCAACAUGUUCAUGCAGCAGGCGAAUGGCAAUAGCGUCAUUCAUUGUUUGACUCCUCUCCUUUUCUUACCUGAACUUCGCAUGCCAGUUCUCAAGCUCUUGCUUCACUCUGAAUGAAUGCAAAUCGUAGAUUCAGAGCGAUGGCAGAAGCUUCUGUCAUGACUAUUUUUAUCUUCUUCUUUUGUAUCGAAUUUUCUUUCUUCGGAGCAAGAUUAAUUAGUUGGACAACGCGUCUUACAUUUUAUUCAUGUGUAGGAGUAGUAUAAAAGUGCUGGUAACCAACCGAUCCUACAUAUUCAUGAACUGUAUUUUCUUUCAUAUGUCAAUAAGCACUACCGAUUCAAUUGUCA